UGUGUGUUCCCAAGAGGUGGUGUUGGGGAGCUGGAGGAGAGGGGAUGGCUCCCCCCUUGGGGGAAGACGGCGGGUGGGAGCCAUGCACCACCCCAGAGGGCCCCAAACCCUGCCUCCUGCCAGCAGCUGCCUGCUGGGUUGCCUCCUGCUGGGGCUGGAGGUGACAAAGCUGCUUGCAUAGCUGCUGAGAAAUCGUGCCCCGUGUAUGGGGUACAGCAGGUUGGAACGUCAGGCCGAGCCCGGCAGCCUGCCCUGCGGGUGGACCCCAGCAAGGACCGUAGCGGGUGCACGGCUGGUUCCCCUGGCUUCUGGGCCGAUCGAACACCAGUUCAUGAAGCAGCAAGGCGGGGAGAAAUACUGCAGCUGCAGCAGCUGAUAGAGAGUGGAGCCUGCGUCAACGCGGUCACCUAUGACUCUAUCACCCCGUUGCACGAGGCCAGCCUGCGAGGGCAAACGCAGUGUGUCAAGCUCCUGCUGGCUGCAGGGGCCCAGGUGGAUGCCAGGAAUAUCGACGGCAGCACUCCGCUCUGCGACGCCUGUGCCUCGGGUAGCAUAGAGUGUGUGAAAGUGCUGCUGUCCCAUGGCGCCAAGGUGAACCCUCCCCUUUACACAGCGUCUCCUCUCCACGAAGCCUGCAUGAAUGGUAGCUCAGAGUGUGUGCAACUCCUCAUCGACGUCGGUGCAAACUUGGAGGCUCACGACUGCCAUUUCGGGACGCCCCUACACGUGGCCUGUGCCAGGGAGCAUCUGGACUGUGCAAAGUUGCUGCUCAAGGCAGGGGCAAACGUGAAUGCUGCUAAACUUCAUGAGACAGCCCUCCACCACGCAGCGAAAGUGAAAAACGUCGAUCUGGUGGAGAUGCUGAUUGAAUUUGGAGGAAACAUCUACGCAAGGGACAACCGAGGAAAGAAGCCAUCGGAUUACACCUGGAGCAGCAGUCCCACAGCGAAGUGCUUUGAGUACUACGAAAGUAAAAACGCCUCUGAGUUUGUCGCAGCUUUGCAGAGUUACAGUGAGGAAAGCCGCCGGGCAGCGAGCGCUGGAGAAGAUUGCCAAGCUAAAUAUUCCUCCGCGAAUUAUCCAGUACCUGUCCUACAACUGACGGGCGAAGGUGACCGGGAAGGACGAUGCCCGUGCUGGGAUGAUACAGUGUGCCUCGGGAGCGCCUGUCUCCGCUGACUGCAAAGGGAUUUAGCGGUGAUACCCUCGGAUACGGACGUCUUGUGUUUCUGCAGUGGGGGCGCUGGAUCCCACCUCUGAGUUAAUAACUCAAGUGACAGCUGCCUAACGCCAAGGGACGAGGCUCGAGAGACCUGCGCGCUCUAGCUGGAGGCAAAUUAAGUCCCCAGCAAGCUCAGGACUAAUUAGAGGCACUGCAACUGGUUACUGACUUUCCAUGAACUUCAGUGGGCUUUGGCUCAACACCAGCAGUGAGGACAAAGUGCAGGGUUGACUUUGCCCAUGCUUCUUCCUCGCUGAAGGUGAGCCAGCGCUUAGGUAGUGUUCCUCUAGGGUAUCACCAUAUCUAAUUUUGAAGCCCAAGCAGGAAGCAGGUCUCUUUGCACAUCCAAGGAUUCUUCCCUCCAGAUUGCUGGUCCCAAAGAAUAUUUCUCCACUUGCUCUGGGCCGUUAUGGCCACUCUCUUGGUUUUAUGUGCAAUAAGUGGCAGAGCUGCUGCCUGGUGGUCCUUGAAGUACAGCGAGGCCAUGUCCCUUGUGUAGUGGCAGAUCCCUGUGGUGUAUACCCACACGUGAAAGGCAACAGGAGGGCAGGGCUCUGCCUUGGAUCUUGAGAUUUUUAUUUUUAUUUUUCCCCCUCUGAGUUUUCUCUCUCCAUGCUGGAGCCUCUCCAGAGGUCAGCAGUGGGAGCCAGCCCUGCGCCGUGCGCCGCUAAAUGUUGCGCUCAAAUCCUUUGGCUUCAGCAGGCGCGACUGCAGCUUUGUCCUUCGGUGAUUUAAACCCUCAGGGUGAGAUUUGUAUGAGCAAAAUUGUCGUCUGCCUUCCAGGUGAGACGUUACGUGUUGCCUGAAGGCAGUAACCUACAGGAUUCGUGGUACUAAGGGAACGGAGCUCCCUGAUGACACCAGGGCAAGGCUUAGCACUGUGAUGAGGACAAAUUCCUCCUCUGAAUGACAGCAAGUGUUACGCAAUCCGCUGUCUUAACGUGGCAUCGAGCUAACCCGGGGCUCUCAACAUCCUUCAGGCUGUGAACUAACGCGUGAGAGCAAACGCUCGCCAGCAGGAUGGGGCGCAACCUCGUGAGGGAGGGGGAAAUAGCACAAGCACAGAGUUAAAGAGCUGGGGUGGAACUAAAUGCACUUUAAUGGUGACCAGCAAAUCACUUCGUUUUUUUAAUUUUUUGGCUAGGUUCAUUCUCCCCACCCCCUUUUGUUGGGUUUUGGUUUGGUUUUUUUUUUUUGUUCUGUGCGGUAUCAUACAGAAUAGGACUGCUCUGUGGGGGAUUGUCUGUUUAUAAUUCUGAUUUUUGUGUUUCAUGUUUCAGAAAUGUGAAAUUCCCAAGAAGCUCAGGGAAGCCCUAGAGAUGUUUAGUGUGGGAUUUGUCCCUGUGAUUGAUAGGAUAAAGGUUUUGUUUUGUAUCUUUCAAGAAAAGCUUCCUCUGCCCAGCGUGCGUGUCCUUACAGAUAAAUAUGCGUUAGGAAAGCGCACCUUUUGGUGAUCUGGGGUGAAAACCUUCCGUCUUGGUUCAAAUUCAAAUCUCUUGUUAGGUUGCUUUUUUAACAUUGCCUAAGCUGGUGAAAUAAUGAAAUGGUAAAGUCCAAGUUUCCAAUGUAAAAACAAAAGAGUCCGCGAACAACUG